UACAUGUUUCACUUCUCAACGAGUAACAUGCAAUUCAUCAAUGUCGUUUUGUUUUGGUUUUGUUUAUUGUUGACAUGUCAAUAUGAAAAUUUUAUUCAAUCCAUGUGAUGGUCUUGGCCAUAUGAAUGCUUGUAUUGGCCUUGGCCAGUCAUUACUUUCACGUGGUCAUCAAAUCUAUUUUUUUACAAAUGUAAAAUAUGCUGGUCAAUAUAAUCGUUAUGGAUUCAAAGAAUUUGUUCUCCAUGUUCAAUCGAAUUCAACAACGAAUACUAAUGGAUCUGAUGAUGAUCAUCCGAUCAAGAAUAAUAAAUUGAUGGAUGUGAUUAUUAAUUCCGGUCUAUUGUCCGAUAUGUCACCAUUGGAAAAAUUAGAUCUUUAUGAUCGACAUAAGAAUCCAGAUAUGUUUACUAGAACAAUGUCCGAACAAAUUCUUAAUGUUCAUGAACAAAUGUUGAACAUCAUUGAUGAAUUGAAACCGGAUUUAAUUAUAGUCGAUUCAAUGAUAGUUGCACCAUGUAUCCUCUAUGGAUCAUAUCGAUGGGCAUUCUCUUGGAGUGCCAAUCCGAUUUUAAUUUAUCAAUCGGAUCAAUUACCGCCAAUGAUGUCCGGCUAUCCAUCCAAUGAUUCGAAUGGAUGGUCAGAGUUUCGUAUAAAAUUCAACAAAACAUUUAAAUCUGCCAUACGAUACUAUCAAAAUUGGUUGAACCAACAACUUGGAUAUGCUAGAAUAAUUGAUAAUUCUAAUAAUAAUUUAUCAUUUCUUUCUCCAUAUCUUAACAUUUAUGGCUAUCCAGAAGAGCUUGAUUAUACAGAUGUGGCAAGUUUACCUGAUCAUUUUAUUCGAAUUGAAGCAUUUUGUCGACAAAUACCUGCAGAUUCAUCUUUUGAGUUGCCAGAAGAAUUUCAGCGAGCCAGAUUAAAAUCAAAUGUUCGAUUGAUUUAUGUAUCACUGGGUUCAUUCGGCAGUGCUAAUGUUGAACUAAUGCAACAUCUAAUCGCUGCUUUAGAUAAAUCACCACAUAAAUUUAUCAUAUCGACCGGAUUACAUCAUCAACAAAUUCAUCUUGAAUCAAAUAUGUGGGGUCGACCAUAUUUACCACAAACACAGAUUCUUUCAUUAGUCGAUUUAGUCAUUACACACGGUGGUAAUAAUACGGUUACAGAAACAUUUUCAGCCGGUAAACCAAUGCUUAUAAUGCCAUUAUAUACUGAUCAAUAUGAUAAUGCACAACGUAUAGAAGAAAGAGGCUAUGGCCGCCGUAUCGAUGCUUAUCAUUUUACGUCGAAUGAAAUUAAUGCCAUGAUUGACCAAAUACUUGAUGAUCAUGAAAUGCGAAAACGUUGUGAACGAACACGGGAUCGUAUUCAUUGUUCACAAUCAAAACUUAAACUUUGUGAAAGAAUUGAAAAAUUAUGCCUAUGAAAAAAAGAUUUAAACUUUUAUUGUACAGAGAAUAAAUAAUCACACAACGUAUCAAAUACACAAACACACUGAUUGUGGAAAAUAAAACUUUUUGUAUUCGACCUGUGUGGAACUAAACAUA